GUAAUGUGCGCGUGCGCCGGUGUAAGCAGCAUAUAAGGCCAACGGCAGCGCUCACGGCGCAUUUCUGUUGGCAACUGUGUGUGUGGGAAUAAUGGCUGUGUUACUCUUUGUAUUAGCAGCAGUAUGCGCAGUCGCUAGCGCAGCGCCCCCGCAACAAUAUUAUAAUGCGCAUACACAUGCGUCACUACAACAGGCUAUUCCUCUGGAUUAUUAUUUAAAUGCAAAUAAUCCAGGUCCAGUUCACUACUAUAAUCAAGAACAGAGAGACGGUAGUGAAAAUAGAGAGACCUCCUCUAGACUAGAAAACCUAGACCCGAACACCGAAGUGGAGUUAGUACCUGGUGUCCAACAGCCCCAGCAACCGCCACAGCAGAAACCCGUGUACCCCACUAUUCCCGGGUUGUUGCCCGGCCAAAGAGUGUACAUCUUGAUGCAAGGGCCUGGCGGAGUGAAUUACCGACCCCUUUACAUCCUAUCAGAAAUGCCUCUGCAAAACCCUGGCUAUACUGGUUAUCAAAACUCAAUCCUAGUGGACCCGUCCGGCCGGCCGUUACAAAAUCCUAACGCGUUUGGCGCCCAAGUCGGUCCCUACCCGUUUGCUUACCAAAAUCCUUACCAACCAAUACAAGCGGGCUACGGCUUGAACCAAUUAGUUCUACAAAAUCAACCUCAAAUAGCGCCUGAAGAAAAAGCUAAUGAACAAUCAAAUUCAGAGCAAAAAGCGGCCAAGCAAGUGACUGGGGAAGAAAAAGAAAAUGUUGCCUCUAGUAACGUUCGACCAUUGAAAAAUCAAAGAAAUUAAAAUAAUAUAUAAUGUACGAAUAUAAUUUUAGUUAAUGAUGCAUUCACUAAAUUGUUUUUUAACUAUCAAACUUCACCACGGACUGAACCUGGUUUUAUGCAAAAUUCAAUCAAUUGUGUGUAAUAACUGGUACGAAAGUUAGAUAAUUAAAUAAACAGUAUUUUUAUAUAUGAA